ACUCCGAGAAUCUCCCAGAAAGCACGCAUGCUGGGGCACGCGUGUAAGCAACGGCUGUCGAGUUGUGAUUGUUCGUAAGCGUUGAUCCCAAUCACGCCCUAACGCUUCGCAGCUGUCCGUACACGGCACGAAUAGGGAAAUAACGAGAUCACCGUGUGUCCGCUACUAAAUUACUGCCGCAAUCAUGAGUGGAGGAGACGACAACGCACGAAACCCAAAGAACCUUCCGGCCCUGCUGAACUUCUGUGUUCGGAACACGGUCGCGGAAGAUGUGCCCAGUUCAUCCACGGCAACGAUGGAUCCCGAGAGGCGGAAAUGGCUGGAGGAGGCAAUGUCCGACAUGACGGUCUCCCCCGUGGAGGAGAUGCAGAAGAACCUGAAUGUGAUAAAGGAGACGCUGAGCCAACACCGAGAGAGUGGACAGGCACCCACCGAAGAGUCCUGCUGCACCCUUGAGUCCGCGCUGGAGAGCAUCACCGAUUACGUCGGUUCCAUUGACUACGCCAAGGAUUUCCAUAAGAUUGGCGGCUUUGACGUACUCGAGGAACUGCUGUGCUUUCCAAACAGUGAAGUCCAGUCGGGUGCCUGCGAGCUGGUUGCAGAGCUGGUGCAAAACAACCCUUACUGCCAGAAACAGGCCGCUCAGUGCCUCAAGUUUCUGCUGCGUCUUGUGGACUCCACUCAAGAAACUCUCCGCCUGAAAGCUCUUUACGCUGUGUCAUGUCUAGUGCGUCACAAUAUCUCUGUGUACUUGGAGUUUGAGAAGUCGGACGGCUUCUCGGCAUUGUUGAGGGCCCUUCAGUCGGACUCACUGAGACUGAAAACCAAGGCUGGUUUCCUGCUUUCAUCUCUGUGCUCCCAGCAGGAGAGAAGCAGAGACACGCUCAUUCGAAUGGGCUUCGUGGAACAGCUGGCCGCGAUGCUUCGCCACGAGCCAGGAGCCCACCGCGAGCACUUGCUCUCCACUCUGGACACACUCGUGAGUGAGUGCCCCAGUGCACGUGAGGAGUGCCGUCGACCUGAGCUCCAACUGGAGGACACGCUCUGCACUGGUCUGGCUUCGAGCCGUGGCCGCGAGGAGCUGCGCGAAGAAUACGACCACAGUGCCCGCAUCCUGGCCAUGUGCUUUGAAGAUAGUGGAGCCGGUAGUGGCCAUGCCGAGAUGGACAGGGCCUUGAUGCUGUUCCAAAAGACGUUGUAAGGUGGUUCCAGGACUUCGACCUCGGUGCGAACCAGGUUCUCAUUCAACGGGCCCAGGAGGCAGAACUGGUCACCCAGUUCUUCCACACUUACCUCGGCCUUGGAACGGAUCACUGUGUAAAUGCCUCCAACUGCACAAGCACAUAAAAAAGCCACUGUUGAAGUA